UCCCCAAACACUGCUGGCCAUUGGUCAGGAAUGACUCACAGAUUGGCGGCGUGUCUGCUGGAAAUGUGUAAGUCUGCAGGGCACUGAGGAACUCGUGGGAGCUUAAACAAACAGGGACUUAUUUGUGCACAUGACAAGAAGUCCAGAGGCAGGCCACAGCUGCUGCUGCAGUUCAGUGACCUCAGGACCAGAAUCCCAGAGAUUCCUUUGGUCUUCCUCCUGUCUUUGCCUCAUGGAGGCAAUGUGGCUGCUGUGGGUCCAGAUGGCACCCCUACUUCCAAGCGACUUUGAGCAGCUUCCCGACGACAUUGUGGUCUCCGCCAACAUCGCGGACAUCGAGGAGAAGAGGGGCUUCACCAGCUAUUUUGUUUUUGUCAUCGAGGUGAAGACUAAAGGGGGAUCCAAGUACCUCAUCUACCGCCGCUACCGCCAGUUCUAUGCCUUGCAGAGCAAGCUGGAGGAGCGGUUUGGGCCAGAGAACAAGACCAGCCCGUUCACCUGCAACCUGCCCGUGCUCCCAGCCAAAGUCUACAUGGGUGUGAAACAAGAGAUUGCGGAGAUGCGGAUACCCGCCCUCAACGCCUACAUGAAGAGCCUCCUCAGCCUGCCCAUCUGGGUGCUGAUGAAUGAGGACGUCCGGAUCUUCUUCUACCAGUCGUCCUAUGACUCAGAGCAGGUGCCCCAAGCACUGCGCCGGCUCCGGCCGCGUACCCGGAAAGUCAAGAGUGAGUCCCCACAAGGCGCCAUCUUUGACCACAUGGCAGCUCCGCGAGCAGAGGCCCUGUUUGACUUCACUGGCAACAGCAAACUGGAACUGAAUUUCAAAGUUGGAGAUGUGAUCAUCCUUCUCAGUCGGAUCAAUAAAGACUGGCUGGAGGGCACUGUCCGCGGAGCCACGGGCAUCUUCCCGCAGUCGUUCGUGAAGAUCCUCAAGGACUUCCCGGAGGAAGAAGACCCCACCAACUGGCUGCGCUGCUACUUCUAUGGGGACACCAUCAGCACCACCAAGGACAUCGCCGUGGAGGAGGACCUCAGCAGCACUCCACUGUUCAAGGACCUGCUGCAGCUCAUGAGGCGGGAGUUCCAGAGGGAGGACAUCGCCCUAAAUUACCGGGAUGCUCAGGGGGAUCUGGUGCGGCUUCUCUCAGACGAGGACGUGGCACUCAUGGUGAGGCAGGCCCAACAUCUCCCCUCCCAGAAGCACCUCUUCCCCUGGAAGCUGCAUGUCACCCAGAAGGAUGACUACGCGGUCUACAACACUGUCCCCUGAGCUGAUGGUGUCCCUGGGGCAGGGAGGGACACUUGGUAAGAAGCCCUCCGAGGAGAUUAGGACCAGGAAAGCCUGGGAGCAUGGGACAGACUUCCUGGUUUGAAUCCAUGGACCGGCUCGGCUUGGCUUGUAUUCUGUCUAUCUGCACACUUGGUCUCAGAAUUAAAUAAACCCUUUCAUCUCAAAGGUCCAGACUGUGAAAGACAAUAUCUUUUGAGGAAAGAAAGGAGAGGGAGUAAAAUCCUCAUUAAUAAGCAUCAAUUAGGGGUCAUUUAUAUAGGGAAGGGGGCUCUGGUAUUGGGCCUGUAUUCUAACUGCCCCAUUCCUUUGCUCUGUCCACCAACAUCAAGAUGUUGGCAGGGCCAUGCUUCCAAGAAACCCAUUGGGCUAUCCUUCCUUGCCUCUUCCUAGCUUCUGGUGGUUUUCUGGCAUUCUUUGGCAUUCCUUGACCUAUGAAUGCAUCAUUCCCAUCCUCCAUAUUCACAUAGCGUUCUUCCUGUGUCUCUUCACAUCUUUUUCUCUCUGUGCAUGUCUGUCUCUGUGUCCAAAUUUCCCUUUUUUUAUAAGGACCCCAGCCAUAUUGGAUUAGGGCCACCCUAAGCACUUCAUUUUGACCUCACUGCCUCUCUAUAGAUCCCAUUUCCAUGUAAGGUCCCAUUCUGAGGUACUGGGGGUUAGGACUCCAUCAUAUAUUGGGGGGGGGGAUGCAAUACAAUCCAUAACAGCACACUAGAAAAUAUCCACUCAACAAAAAUUCAACAGACCUUGAAAGCUCCAUUGUAGCAAAUCCAGUUGUUUGGCUUCUAACAUGUUGCCUGACCAGACUGAUUGAGGGGCCCUAGAUAAGACACACUCUUCAAAGAAUCACAGCCUUACAAGAAGUAGUGGGGUUCUUCAGUGACCCUCCCUCUCCCCUUCCUCCCAAGCCCCCCAUGUCACAGCUGGGGCCAGAACUCACAGCAUGGAGGGGUGGGGGUUGUUCUGAAAUGCAGAGGCUGCACUGCUGUCAGAAUGCUUGAACCCCAGGGAGGCUAUGAUGUGGGGAGCCUGGACCAGGGACUCUUGUGAUGGGUCAAGGCCCUGGGGCUGAGGGCUGAGUUGAUCCUGACAGAGCGACAUCCCUGCCUCCAAGCAGAAGCAGAAGGAAGCCCCCUCUGGAGUGAAGUGUCCUCACCCUGGGAUGAUGGGUUUAGAUGAAGCAAAAGCUCAUAGUCAAAGAUCACUAACUGUCCAUGAGUGAGAAUAGGCAGUGAGAAUAAGCAAUAGCUUUAGAGCCCCAGGGACUACAAGUUUUUGAACUAUGUGACUAAAAUGUUUAGAGAAAUAAAGGAUCAAAGCAUAAAAACUAACAAGUUGAAGAGAAUGACCAGGCAGAUUUGUAAAAGAGAGCUGGAAUGUACAUACACACUUAGGCGUGUACCCACAUGCAGAUGUGUGUGUGUGCACCUGCUGAAACAGAAAACCCAGUGGGUGGGUUAGACAGUGUAUUAGAGAGGAGAAAGCCAGUGCAUUGGAAAAGAGAAAAUCAAAGAAAUUACCCAGAAUAUAACACAGAGAGACAAGUGGUUGGAGAACAUGAAAAUGAAGUUAAGAGAUACAAACAAUAGCAUGUGGUUUUAAAAAACCAGAAUCUCAGAAAGAGAAAAUAUAGAGAAUGGAGAGGCAAUGUUUAAAGAGAUGGCAGAUGAAGUAUUACAAAACUGAUGAGAAACCCAAAUCUGUGGGUCUAAGGAGCAUGUCUGGACAAGCAGGAUAAAUAAAAAGUGGUCCAUCCAUGGCUACAACAUUUUGAAACUGCAAGAACACUGAAGUCAAGGAGAAGAUUUUAAAACUGGAGAAGGUUGAGGUCACUACAAAAUAACAAUUAACAUGAUAAGCAGACUUCUCAGUAUCAAUGGAAGCCAAAGUCAAUAGCAUGAUAUCCACAUUUUGGAGACAAAAUAACUUUCAAUAAAGAAUUAUAUGCUCAGUAAAACCAUCUCAAUAGUGACGGUGAAAUGAACACAUGUACAGAUAAAAACUGAGAGGUUGCCACCAAGAUCCUUGAACCAAAAGUAUCUUUAAAGUACAUCUUCAAGAAGAAAAAGAUCCUUGAGGGACAGUCUGAGAUGCAAGCACAUACGAUAAGCAAAAGCAAUGGCAAGUAUUGUGGUGGAUUUGUCUUACAUUGACUUAACUAAGCUGAUACAAUAUUUCCAAGAACUUCCUUCCCUGUGUGGAUCCAGAUUGGUGUGAGCCAUCAGAGACAUUUUGCAAGAGAUUCAGAAGGGGGAUAUUUGCAACAACAAGCUUCUUUUUAGUAAAGAGUUGCUGCUGCAGUUCAUGCACGUUGUUGCUUAUCUGCAGAUAUAUAUAUAUAUAUAAAUAUAUAUAUAUAUUUAUAUCUGCUGGGUCACAGUUUGGAGUUUCAGAACACAAAAGUCAAAGAGAAGAUCUUCAAAGCAGUGAGAGAAAGUUGAAAUUGCCACAAAAGAACAACACUUAGAAUGAUAGCAGGUUUCUCAGUAACCCCUUCAGUGUCAGGUCCCAGCUCCUGUGCUGGAUGUGUGUUUAGCUCUGUGCCAAAGGGCACCAGUUUCCUCUGCAAGUCACCCUCACUGGACUCUUGGAGGUGGUGAGAGGCUGAUGUGGUUCCAGCCCGUCCUCAUGGUUCCAGCUCACACCUGGAGGUUUCUGUUUGUCCUUGCUUCUCUUAAAUCACACGUGUCGGGGCGCCUGGGUGGCUCAGUCGUUAAGCGUCUGCCUUCGGCUCAGGUCAUGAUCCCAGGGUCCUGGGAUCGAGCCCCACAUCGGGCUCCCUGCUCCGUGGGAAGCCUGCUUCUCCCUCUCCCACUCCCCCUGCUUGUGUUCCCUCUCUUGCUGUGUCUCUCU